GUUCCUGGAGAAGAGUCAAAAAGCUUCGGAAAGAAAAGUCCUCGUUAAUGACCACCACUUGCCAUCCACCCUUCUAAAAUGAACACCAACGAAAUACCAGAAGUCGAUCUCCUUAAUACAACCUCCACCGACAAUACCACCUCUUCUAACAAUAGUACCACCAUGUCCAAGUCACACACAGAUACUCGGACGAAAGUGACAACGUUUGAAGAAAUACAGAAGCAAUUGAAGAAGACAUUGGACCACGUUGAGCAAAAGAAUUUGAGAAGUAGCUUUGAGACUCUCAGUCUCGCUACGUCUGGCGUUGUGGAUAAUUGCGAACAGCUCGGUUUGACGUCAGACGAUCACCCAUACAACGCUAUUGACCGAGAGCAGUUUUGGACCGGCCUGAACAAUUGCUGGCUGUACGCACUUGCCCAACGAAACGACGCGGGAAGUGAAAUAGAGAGACUCAGCAAUGAAUAUCUUUUUGAAUUAAGAGAUAAGCUGGUUACGUGGGCUGACAAACUGGAGCCUUUCGGAUUGGUUGAUUACGAGAUGGGCCUGUGGGAAGCUGAGAUUUUGGAAGCCGUCGACGCUAAUCUGGCUUUGCAAUAUGCCGCCGCACAAGCCGCUAUGGCCACGCAAGUCGCUAUUCAGCCCAACGUUCAGCAGCUAAGCAAAAAUGCCAUGUGUAUUCUACCACCCACCGCUAAUUCCGAUUGCUUUGAAUCCGCCCGAGAGUUCAUGCGGAUGAAGAAAAAAUCCACCGCCUCUCGGACAGACUGUAUAUCACCACGCCAGAGAGACUCCCCAUUACCAUCCAUCAUUAUACCUGACGACGAUAUCGAUGAUAUGGACUCGGACUUCUCUUCACCAAGUCAGUUAGUCGCCACCCUCGAUAUGGUCGACUCCGAUGUAAGACUGGACAGCGUCUUCUCCGUCAGCAUCAAAGAUGAAAUGAUGGAUGCCUAAACAUGACGCCACGGUGCAAGUCACCACAUUACCUAAUCCUCAACCCCCUCCUCAUUGUAUCUUUUUCAACUUUUGCUUGAUCCUUAUUGAAAGUUAUCUGUGUACAUAUUACGUAAAAAAAAC